GAGACAGAGAGAUUUGGCUGUCAAGGGUUUAACCCCACAAAACUACAAUUCCCAAAGCAAGGGAGCAUUUUACCCAGCGGGUUUGUGAAUGGAGAAUCCUGCAAGAUGGCGACUAAUGCAACUGCUACAAACUUACCAUCUUUUGAUUGUCCAACAUGGGCAGGCAAGCCCCCUCCAGGACUCCAUUUGGACGUGAUGAAAGGUGACAAAAUGGUCGAGAAACUGAUCAUUGACGAGAAGAAGUACUACUUAUUCGGGAGGAACCCGGACAUGUGUGAUUUCACCAUCGACCACCAGUCAUGUUCACGCGUGCAUGCUGCCCUGGUCUACCACAAGCACCUGAAGAGGGUGUUCCUUAUCGAUAACAACAGCACACAUGGUACCUUUCUGGGACACAUCCGCCUGGAGCCCAAUAAGCCUCAGCAGGUCCCCAUAGACUCCACCAUGUCGUUUGGGGCGUCCACACGAGCCUACACCAUCCGGGAGAAACCUCAGAGCCAGCAAGGAACCAACUCCGCCACGGGGGACAGCAAGGCCGGAGAGGACGAGGAGGGGUCUAAGGGUCUCUUAGGGUUACCAGAGGAGGAGACCGAGCUAGAGAACCUGACGGAGUUCAACACGGCCCACAACAAGCGCAUUUCCACCCUGACCAUCGAGGAGGGCAACCUAGAUAUCCAGAGACCCAAGAGGAAGAGGCGGAACUCAAGAGUCACCUUCAACGAGGACGAUGAGGUCAUCAACCCGGAGGACAUUGACCCCUCAGUGGGGCGCUUCAGGAACAUGGUGCAGACUGCUGUCGUCCCUAUAAAGAAACAGAAAAUGGAGAGGCACGGCUCACUUAGUAUGGAUGACGUUGUGACGAGGCGCAUCCACAACUACACCUUCGGCGGCGGCCUUUACGGGGACCUGCCACCCACUAGCCACGAGGGCCACCCUACCGGGCCCCCGAGCGGAGCCACUAUUCUGGGCGGUCUCCCUCUGCCCUUCCCCAACCCGGCCCCAGAGGUGAACCUGGCCCCGGACGCCCCCCAGCCACCUGUCACCCUCAACCCUGUCCCCGUCACAGGCCCCUAUCCCUCCGAGGUCCUCAACGAGCCCCGCAAGAAAAAGUAUGCCAAAGAGGCAUGGCCAGGCAAGAAGCCCACCCCCUCCCUACUAAUCUAACCCUCUCCCUACACUACGGCUCUUUCUCAAUUAGUCUUUCCUCUAUUCCUUGUGUCCUCUCUCAUGCAUUGGAGAAGAUCCAAGGUGUUUCCUCUUGGAUCUUUUCCAAUGUAUUUUGAGUCUGAGGCGAGAGGACACGAAGAAUCCAGGAAAGACAAAUUGGGAAAGAGCCUAUGUGGUGGAGACAGGGCUGACUCUCAGGGUAUGGGCGGAGACAUCAGGGACCAUGACCCGUUGGAGGCGGAUCGAUUUUACUUAUAAAACUGUUUUCUGGAUUUUAUAGUUUUGUCAAUGUUUUCUACGUUACUUCCUCGUUCUCCUAAAGAUUAUCCCAAAGACUUGAGUAGUACAUUCCAUGAAGACAGAAACACCACUCCUUUGGGAGCUGAAUGUUUGAUGCGUUUUACAAAUUAAGUCCUAUAUAUAUAAAAAAAUAAAAGGCAGUUCUUGGCAGACCAAGUCAGUUGGUCAAGUAAGAGUAACUUGUGGCAUAAAUCGGUGGCCCAUGGCCGUGGUAUAUUAUCUCUAAUUGAUAGCCGGGCAUCGUGCAGGGAAACAAACACGAAGCGGAUGUAACUUAGGAAAACAGCCCUUAUGUUGGAAACAAACAUUAUGUUCUCAUCCAGAUUCACAUGUAUUUAUUUUCCAAGCUACAGCGCAAGUAUUUACAGGAGGUUUUUAAAGGACCUGCUCCAUGUUAUCAUUUUUGCCAUGGAAAGAAACGUUGCGAUACUGGUAUCAUCACAGCCUAAUCGUUAUAUGGUUGGUCACUGUGAGUUCCAUAUUACUAUCUCCACUUCCUUCUAUACGGUCUCAGUAUUGGUUUGAAGUUGUGCGUAGUAUUUUUGCUCACUGUAAACAUGAGCAUUCGGAAAGUAUUCAGGCCCCUUGACUUUCCACAUUUUGAUAUGUUAGUCUUAUUCUAAAAUGGGUGAUUUUUUUUUUUCUUAUCAAUCUAAACAAAAAACCCAUGACAAAGCAAAAACGGGUUUUUAGAAAUUUUAGCAGAGUUAAAAAUAAAAGGCUGAAAUCACAUUUUCAUAAGUAUUCAGACCCUUUGAAGCACAUUUGGCAGUGAUUACAGCCUCAACUUCUUGGGUAUGACGCUACAAGCUUGGCAGACCUGUAUUUGGGGAGUUUCUC